AUGAGCUUCAGCAUGUAUCCUAAAGACUAUAAAUCCAGGACAUUAAAGAGACAAGUGACGUCAUAUCUGACUUUUGAACUCACAAUAGCUUUCUUUUUCCUCUUCCAGGGACGGUAUCUAGAGGCAUUCAGAGUGGUCCGGCAUUUGACAUACCGUUGUAGACUAUCCUACAAUACAGCCUCUAACAAAACUAGGCUGCCCCAAACCCCUGGAAAUAGAACUGUUUACCUUCAAACCAAAAAGGUUGGGAAAGCACCAAAAUCCACAUGUGGCGUGUACCCAGGCCAACUUCUAGGAGUUUGUGCUGUGAGACCUAAAGUUCUUAUGAGGUUGUCUAAAAUGAAAAAACAUGUCAGCAGGGCCUACUGUGGUUCCAUGUGUACUAAAUGUGUCCAUGGCAGGAUCAAGCGUAUUUUUCUUAUUGAGGAGCAGAAAAUCGUUCUGAAAGUGUUAAAGGCAGAAACACAGAGUCAGAAAACUAAAUUUUUAAAAUGA